AUGCUUCGGAUUGUGGUGGUGUUGGGCAAUCACCGCAGCGUUCCCUCGCCAGCUUUAUAUGCCAUCGCGUGGGCUCCUUACCUACCUGGAUGCGUGGCUGGCAUGGAACACGUCCUUGAAACAGUCGUGGCCUGCGAGAAGGGAUAUCAUUCCAGAUCACUGCUGCAAUCAGCUGCACUUGUGACUGUCCAUCGUGGUGACCAGGCAGUGGCGAACAGACUGGCUACUGCGCCAAACAUCAGAGACCUGCCCAACGAGCUUUUGCUGUGGAUUGUGUCGUAUUUGGACGGUAGUGCAUUGUUUGCCCUCGCAAAAUCAUGCAAAGACUUUGAUUUUAAACUGCAGCCCAGCAUCUGGAAAUACAACAUCAAAUUUCAGAACAGCAAUCUAUUGCACUUGGCCGUCAAAUACGACAACGUUGGUCUUGCGGAGGCUUUGCUCCAGCACAACGCCAACAUCAAUGCAUUUUACCGCGGCAAAUCUCCUUUAAUGAGGGCGCUCAAAUACUCGUCCGCUGCUGUGCGUGACCUCUUGCUCAGUCGUGAAGAUCUAGAUAUCAAUAUUCAAAAUCAAGCGCGGGAGAGCGCCCUGUGGUAUGCCAUCCACUACGGAACCUUUUCCACCGUCAAGCGCGUUCUAGAACAACCCAACGUCCAGGUGGACGUCAAGCACAAACAUGGCCGAACGGCGCUCCACCUAGCAGUCUUCGCAGGCCGAAUAGGGCUCGUGCAUCUGCUACUUUCUAGUGGCAGCGACCCUGAUCUACAGGAUGAUUCGUGCCACUCGCCAUGGGACAGGGCACGUCGCUUCAAUAGACCCGCGAUGGAAAUGAUCUUUUCAAACUAUCCGAUGGCCGAAGUAUUUCUUGGUACUCAAUCAUCACAGGAGGCUGAGCUGCCUCUUCACCAAGCAGUAUCCUAUGGGUCG